CGUAGACUCGACGUCUAGCAACGUGUAGAGACGCGCCUGGUUAGCGCUCUCGCUGUGACGUUCGCCUCCUUCUUUCGUGACCAUUCAUCGCGGAAAGGAGUACCAAUGGCAGACGCUGCUGCACGUGGUGGAUUCCGCGGAGGGUUUGGGUCGCGUGGGGGCGAUCGAGGGGGACCUAGAGGCCGAGGUGGAAGAGGCAGAGGCAGAGGACGUGGCCGUGGUCGUGGCAAGGAAGACUCCAAGGAAUGGAUUCCCGUGACCAAACUCGGUCGCCUCGUGAAAGAGGGAAAAAUUCGUACCCUUGAAGACAUUUACCUCUUUUCCUUGCCUAUUAAGGAGUUUGAAAUCAUCGACAGCUUUAUUGGACCCUCUCUCAAGGAUGAGGUUCUCAAAAUUAUGCCUGUCCAGAAGCAGACUAGAGCUGGUCAGAGAACACGCUUUAAGGCAUUUGUAGCUAUUGGUGACGCCAAUGGACACAUUGGUCUUGGUGUCAAGUGUUCAAAAGAAGUAGCAACUGCAAUUCGUGGUGCUAUUAUCUUGGCAAAACUCUCCGUGGUUCCUGUACGGCGAGGAUACUGGGGUAACAAGAUCGGGAAACCCCAUACCGUCCCUUGUAAAGUUACAGGAAAGUGUGGCUCGGUACAGGUACGCCUAAUCCCAGCACCCAGAGGUACAGGCAUCGUAUCCGCCCCUGUCCCUAAGAGAUUACUGCAGAUGGCAGGUAUCGACGACUGUUACACGUCUGCCAGAGGUUCUACCGGCACUUUGGGUAAUUUUGCUAAAGCCACGUAUGCUGCUAUCGCCAAGACAUAUGCGUAUCUGACACCGGAUCUCUGGAAGGAGAUGCCUCUUUCAAAGGCACCAUAUCAAGAGUACGCCGAAUGGUUGUCGAAGAAUCAUCGCCCUGUAGCAGGACAGCGGCCUGCCGAGGUCGUUUAAGGAAUAAAUAUGUAAUUCUGAAAAGUCAAA